AUGGCGGUGGAGGGGACCCCGGGGCAGCUGGCGUUCGUGGAGGAGUCGAAGCUGAAGAAGCGCAAGGAGAACGUGGACUGGGCCGUCAGGAACCGGGAGCGCAAGGCGGCCAAGCGCGAGCGCAUCCGCGACGAGCACAAGGUCAUCGUCAAGCGGCCCGAGGAUUUCGUCACCGCGUUCCGCAACAAGGAGCGCGACUUCCUGCGGAUGAGGACCCGCCUCAAGGUCCGCAAGCAGCCGCCCGUCGAGGCGCUCAGCUCCAAGCUCGUCUUCGCGAUUCGCAUCCCUGGCUCCGUGGACUUGCAUCCGCACAUCAGGAAGGUUUUGAGGAAGCUAAGACUGACGAAGGUCCUCACUGGGGUGUUCCUCAAGGCCACCGAGCUGACGCUGAAGAGGCUGCUUGUGGUUGAACCCUUUGUCACCUACGGGUUUCCAAACUUGAAGAGUGUGAAAGAGCUUAUCUACAAGAAGGGCCGUGGAUUCUUCGACAAGGAGCCUUUCCCUCUUACCAGCAACGAUCUAAUUGAGAAGGCUCUUGGAGAUCAUGGCAUCAUAUGCUUGGAAGACGUUGUGCACGAAAUCGCCACUGUUGGGCCGCACUUUCGUGAAGCAUCGAAGUUCCUCAUGCCCUUAAAACUCAAGUGUCCAGAGAGGAGGCUACAGAUGAAGAGGAAACCCUACAAGGAUGGUGGUGACUCAGGCAACCGUGGCGACAAAAUCAACGAACUAAUUGAGAAGUUGAACUAA